AUGUUUAAUUUUAUAAAUUAUGUUUAUGUAAAUUAUAUAUUUGAAUCAAAUGAUGAUUUGUUAUUUGAUUAUCUUUCAUUUAUCAAAAAUAUUAUUUUCGUUCUUUACAAUUCUUCAAAUCUUCCAGAAGAUUAUGAUGAAGAAAGUUAUUAUGCUAUAAUGCGAACAAUAAUUAACAAAUUGCAAAAAUUUGAUAAGGUGGUUAUAAUAAAUAGAAGUGUGAAGGAAGAUUUUUGGUUCGUAAAAGAAUUAAGAGAGAAGAUAGAUGAUACGACUAUUAUUCAUUUGAUAGAUGUUGAAUCGAAUAUAUCAUACGAUGGUGUUAAUUUACUUGACAAAAGUAACUUUGUAAACGAAAUAUAUUUGAAAAACAUUGAUUGUAGUUUAUUGAAAGAAAUGAGAAUAGAAAAUCGAGUUCAACAUUUGAAAUUAAAAAAUUGUAAAAAUCUGAAAUUGGGAUUGGAUGAUCUUAAAUUAUUGAAUAAGUUGAUGAUUGAUAGUACUUGGAUAAGAAU